CUCUAUGCCUUUUUCGCUUUCUAAAUGCUCGGCACGACCCGGCAAGCGAGAUCACAUGGCUCGUGAAAAGAAUGUGCGCCACUUAUUAUGGACACUAAAUUGUUUGGUUCAGUAUUCCUUUAAGCCGAAAAUGAAGCGAAGGCUACAGGCACAAGGCCGCUGCAGCUUGGAGAAAGUUUUAGCUGACAGCGCUCGCGCUAGAAAUGCCCGUUUCAGUGCGCGGCGCACGCGCUAGCACGGGUUCAUAGCCCUUCGCUGUAAUAUCUACAUUACGAAGUUAACUUGAAAUCCAUACUUACGGCUGAACUUCACGACCUGAGCUGUCAGCAGCUUCGUUGUCCCUGUAGCCCGUUUGUUCUUGUCUUCGUUCGGCCAGUUCACUUUUACCCAAUUGUUCUUCUGGGUUGGCCCGGUGUAAGUGGGCCACGUUUUUGAAUUGUGCUUCACUAUUGGAUCGAAGUUUUGAAUGAGUUUCUCUGAAUCAGCUGAAAGGCUCUCGUCCGGAAACCUGUACAGGGCGAACUUGUCCAUCGUAAUGCGGACACUUCGAAGUUCCAACGUCCCAAACGAAAAACGAACGCAACAGAGGUAGACAGAAGCAGUGGUGGCCCAGCCAUUUUAGGUUUUGGAGCAAUUUUUGGAGCAAGAAAAACCCAAUUUUGGAGCAAUUCGUAUCACAUAAACUCCCCUUUUGGAGCAGGGAAAAGCUCGUUUUGGAGCACCUUGGUAUCAGGAAAACUAAACAUUUUGGAGCAGCAUGAACAUAGAGCAGUUCUGUGCCAUGUCUUUAUUAAUAUAUAUAUAUAUUACGGCGGCCCUUGUCAAUCUUUCCUCACCCCCCAUAUAUAUAUAUAGGUCUGUGUGUGUCACGAACAUCUGAAUUUCAUAUAGUAAUUUACAAAGUAAAGAACUCACCAUAAGAAAACCAUUUUAUUUAUGACAGAACAUUCUUGCAGCUAAAGCUUAACUAUGUAACAAAAUAUCACAGAUGAAAACUAAAAUAUUGCUUAAUACUUCUUGCCUUUUGACUGUAGGCUAUAUAUCACAGGUGAAAAAAAAAUAUUGACUCAAUGCUUUUUGCAUUUCUUUUUCAGUUUGUCCAGCUCGCAAAGAGUGUGUGACAAAGUAGCAUUGGCUUCAGCUAACAUAGUUUGGCCACCUUCUACUUUUUCCAAGCUUUGGCACUGCAGUCCUGCGCCAACAAUCUCUUCCGCCCUCUUCAGCAACGCACGGCACGAGAUCACCCUUUCCUCCAACUGCUUCUUUAAGCGCUUGUCAUGCGAGUUGUCAGCAUCAACUUGUGCGCUGUCGGGCUUUUUUCUCUUCAUGACGGCCUCUCUGCUUCCAAAGCUUUUCACUCAUGCUCAUUAUUGUUUGUGACAUAAUCCGGUUUCAUGUCUCAUUCCUUUAUUUUUAACCCUGACCACUAGAGUUCUUUCUUCUUGCUUACCCUCAAUAAAAUAGUUUUUUCUUUGGUGCUGUUUGGCCUCAGCAGCCCUUGCACCAUAAAAACGCAAUCCAACCCUACGCUGAUGUGGGAAUGUGGAGGUGGAUGGCAGGGUGCCUUCUGCAAGCAUCAGGCCCUUGUUCAUCAUCGAUACAGAGGGACCUUCCCCAACGCUUCUCUUCUCUUGGCCCAUGACUGCCACCAGCUCGGGCUCUUGUCUCUGGGAGACAACUGCCAGCCUGUGGCUCUCUUCCAAGCCUUCAAAGAGCCGCCAGGGCAGCCAUCCACCAGUACUGCUGUGAAAGAAACUGCAGCGCCAGCAGAGCCGAGCAGUGCCCCUGCAAUGGAACACCAACAGCUAGCCAGCCUCGACGACUCCCCUCCCAUUAAUCUGCAAGAGCAUCGACAGCAGGGCUGUAGAGGGACAAGCAGCAGCAAGUGUGCACCAGUCGUCCGCACUGACUUCGCUAGUGCUCCAGCUCGUCGAUGUGCAGAAUCUCCAUCCGUCAGCCGAAUAAAGUUAGGUUACAUGUUGAGACCUCAUGGCAGUUGCAUGGAACAAGAAGAAAAGGAAUGGCGCGGCGUGCGCGGGAAGUCCAUCGGAAGACGCUGGCCCCCUGGUGGCGAAAUACUCAUAUGCAGCAGUGUCAGACUUGUCCUUGAGUUGAUUCGAGAUGCUUGCCAAAGCAAGUGCAUUGAACCCAUACUCUGA